CUAUCCACAGGUGCACCAGCCGUGAUGCAGCAGCCACGAGUGGAGACGGAUCCCAUCGGGGCCGGCGAGGGGCCGCGGCGGGCGGUACCCUGGUCGGUCUGGGUCACCCGGCAGGGCUGGGUGCGCUGGUGGGUGUGCCACAUGCCCCAGAGCUGGGCCCAGUGGUGGACCACAUCAGGUUGGCGGCAACCCCUGCAGCGCGUGCUGUGGGGUCUGGAGGGGAUACUCUACCUGCUGCUGGCUCUGAUGCUCUGCCAUGCACUCUUCACCACCGGCUCCCACCUGCUGAGCUCCCUGUGGCCUGUGGUGGCUGCCGCCUGGCGCCACCUGCUGCCAGCCAUCCUGCUGCUGGUGCUAAGUGCCCUGCCCGCCUUGCUCUUCACGGCCUCCUUCCUGCUGCUCUUCUCCACACUGCUGAGCCUCGUGGGCCUCCUCACCUCCAUGACUCACCCAGGCCAUCCUCAGGACUUGGACCAAUAG